CACUGACAUCUAGUGGAAGUGUCCUGCACAGACUCAAGCUAAUAUAAAUGACAACUCAGCAGAGAGCCCCACCCCUGACUUACUUGUAUAGCAGGAAGGAGCAAAGCUCACAACAGAACAGCGCUGUAACAUUCAGCUAUUCAGCAUUCAGCUAAACUGAUAUGACAUAUAGGAUGACCAAUAAUAUUUGUAAACAAUCAAAACAACGAUUCAAGACUAAGAAACAAUGGCAGGUAAAACAGAUUUCUGAGUUCAGUUGACUUUUCAAGAGUAAACAUUCAUCAAAAGAGUUGUCAAAAGUGAAACUAAACCUUCAAUUCAAAAGCCAUAACAGAGAGAUAAGCUGUGAGAAAUGGCCUCUAAAGCUUCUCUCUCCGAGGAUGAUUUCUCCUGUCCAGUAUGCUGUGACAUCUUCAAUGAUCCUGUGGUCCUGUUGUGUAGCCACAGCUUCUGUAAAGCCUGUCUGGAGGAAUACUGGAAACAGAAGACAUCUUGGGAAUGUCCAGUCUGCAGAAAGAAAUCAUCAAUGGAAUUCCCCCCCUGUAACCUGGUUUUAAAGAACCUGUGUGAGGCCUACUUACACGAUAGAAGCCAGAGAGCUUCAGCAGGGCCUGAGGUGCUCUGCAGUCAACACAGUGAGAAACUCAAGCUCUUCUGUCUGGAGGAUAAACAGCCCAUCUGUUUGGUGUGUCAAACUUCAAAAAAGCAUAAAAGUCAUGACUGCUGCCCAAUAGAUGAAGCUGUACUGGAUCAUAAGGAGGAACUCAAGACUUCACUGAAGCCCUUACAGGAGAAAUUGAAGGUCUUCAGAGAAGUUAAACUGAUCUGUGACCAAACAACCAACCACAUCAAAAGCCAGACCCAGCACACAGAGAGGCUGAUUAAGAUGAGGUUUGAGAAGCUUCAUCAGUUUCUAUAUCAUGAAGAGAGAGCCAGGAUAGCUGAACUGAAGGAGGAAGAGGAGCAGAAGAGUCAGAUGAUGAAGAAGAAGAUUGAGAAGAUGAGCAGAGAGAUAUCAUCACUUUCAGACACAAUCAGAGCCAUAGAAGAAGAGCUGGGAGCUGAGGACAUCUCAUUCCUGCAGAACUACAAGGAUACAGUGAAAAGAGCCCAGUGUACACUGCCAGAUCCAGAGAGGGUUUCAGGAGCGCUGAUCGAUGUGGCAAAGCACCUGGGAAACCUGCAGUUCAGAGUCUGGAAGAAGAUGCAGGGAGUAGUUCACUACACUCCAGUGACUCUGGACCCCAAUACUUCCCACCCACAUCUCAUCCUGUCUGAUGAUCUGACCAGUGUGAGAUACAGUGAUGAGAAACAGCAGCUUCCUGACAACCCAGAGAGGUUUGAUGAGGAAGAAACUGUCCUGGGUUUUGAAGGUUUUAACUCAGGAACACACAGCUGGGACAUUGAUGUUGGGGAGAAUAUAUACUGGUACCUGGGUGUGAUCACAGAGUCUGUCCAGAGGAAGGGAGACAGUGGAUAUUGGGAUGGAUCCUGGGGUGUGUUGUUUGGUGGUGGUGAUUAUAAAACACAUGUACCAAAGCAGCCACUCACUCCCCUCACAGUGAGACAGAAUCCCCAGAGGAUCAGAGUGCAGCUAGACUGGGAAGGAGGAAAGCUGUCAUUCUCUGACCCUGUCAAUAACACACAUCUACACACAUUCACACACACUUUCACUGAGAGAGUCCUUCCAUUCAUCUGCACUGGCUUUUGUCCCCUCCCUCUCAGGGUUUUACCAGGGAAGGUAUCUGUAUCAGUGGAUACUGUCUCUGUCUGAAUCAGGGACUAACAUGAUGCAAAUGAGUCAGUAACACUCACGGAUGUCCUUCAUUAAGAUUCUCACAGAGGGAGGACACACUGUGAUGUAGUAGAGGGGACCUUCGUCCAUUAACUCAGGAGCACACAGCUGGGACAUUGAUGUUGGGGAGAAUACAUUCUGGUGCCUGGGUGUGACCGCAGAGUCUGUCUGGAUCUUAGUCCAUUAAGAACACUCCUGCUGAAACACUUGCACCUGUCAGAAAAUCGUCACUAUUAUAAUACUCUAUCACAAUAAUCACUGUUAAUAUUACAAUAAUCACUAUUAAUAUUACAAUAAUCACUAUUAAUAUUAGAAUAACCAUUAUUCAUAUUACAAUAAUCAUUAUUAAUAUUACAAUAAUCACUAUUAAUAUUACAAUAGUCAUUAUUCAUAUUACAAUAAUCAUUAUUCAUAUUACUAUAAUCACUAUUAAUAUUACAAUAAUCACUAUUCAUAUUACAAUAAUCACUAUUAAUAUUAGAAUAACCAUUAUUCAUAUUACAAUAAUCACUAUUAAUAUUACAAUAAUCACUGUUAAUAUUACAAUAGUCAUUAUUCAUAUUACAAUAAUCAUUAUUCAUAUUACUAUAAUCACUAUUAAUAUUACAAUAAUCACUAUUAAUAUUAGAAUAACCAUUAUUCAUAUUACAAUAAUCACGAUUAAUAUUACAAUAAUCACUAUUAAUAUUACAAUAAUCACUAUUAAUAAUACAAUAAUCACUAUUCAUAUUACAAUAAUCACUACUAAUAUUACAAUAAUCACUAUUAAUAUUAAAAUAAUCACUAUUCAUAUUACAAUAAUCACUAUUAAUAUUACAAUAAUCACUAUUCAUAUUACAAUAAUCACUACUAAUAUUACAAUAACCAUUAUUCAUAUUACAAUAACCAUUAUUAAUAUUACAAUAAUCACUGUUACUAUACAAUAAUCAAUAUUAAUACUAUUUAUCUAACACUUUCACCUGUCAGACAGUAAUCUCUAACAUCUAACCAAGUUUCCCAACAUUUUAGUUGUGUGUUAACAGAGAUUGGUCAAACAGUGGUAGUCAUCACUGUUAUAGAAUAUAAAUGUCACCUGUUGGUUGUUGGGUUUUCUUUUUACCACAUUUAGAUGUUGUCACUGGUUAUGGUAACACUGGCAUGUAUCCCAGUAAACUUGGGCUCCCUGAAAAACA